AUGACACGCACCUUGGAUACGUACAAACACCAUAUUGACUGUCAACAUUGUAUUGAGUUAAAUAAAACAAGGAGGUUUACAAGAUGCCGUCCGGUGCAGGCUUGCUUCAGCGGCCUAUUAAUGAGCAAAUUGAUGAACUCAAGUCAAAGAUCGCCCUCUUGGAGGGUGAUCGUAAGGCUUACUAUGAGACGUCACAGUUUGCAAUGAAAAAGAAUAGGGAGACAAUAUUGAAGCUGAGAAAAGAGAACAAAGAAGUUCGCAAGAAGCUCAGUGACUCCCUGUCUCAAGAUCAACAUGUCAUCAACAAAGCUUUCCAAGAUCGCCCAGUGGAGAGAGCCUCCAUGAAAAACAAGUCUGGCAGGCAAGCCAUCACGGUGAUGGAUCACAAGGUCUGUGACACGAUGAAGCGGCUCAACGCCCUCAAACACCAGACCGCCCAGAAACAGAAGAGGCUGGAGAAGUUACAGACGGAGUACCAGCAGAUGGUGGACGACAGCUCCGAGGCCGUGGCCACGGACAAGGGCGAGUCCAAGGACGCGCAGUCAAUGCGGUAUCUUGAGAACAGUUAUGAUAAAACUAAACUCAAGAUUGAUGAGGCCUCCCACUUGAAGAGAAUUUAUGAAGACAUCAAGAGGAAACUGGAAGUUGAGGCCGGAAACUUCCCCAGUAUCCUGGAUUGUAUGGAGGCGGAGAUCCGCAACACCAAGGCCGAGCUGAAGGAGUUACGGGCCAUGCAUGACGACGCCCACAUCUCCAAGGAGGCCGCCCAGCAGGAGUUAGCCAAGCACGAGAAGGUUGUGUACACUGAGCGUAAACAGCGUGAGGUCGAGCUCCAGAAAAUGAAGAAAGAAGCCGAGGAGAAGAAAAUGCAGCAUGAACGCAUUGAGCGAAGAAUUGCCCAGCGUGGUUCAAUCCAGCAGGAUGAGCUCUCUCCCCAGGAGAAACAAGCGCUGCAGGGCGAGGAACAGCAGCAGAAAAUCACCACCUACGAGGAGGCAUUCAAACGUAUCAAGGAGGCCACCGGCGUCUCAGACACCAUGGAAGUGGUGCGACGAUUUGAGGGACAGGACGAAACGACCAAGCACCUGGAGGCGCUACAGAAGGACAACGAGAAACAGAUCACACGGCUGAAGGAAGACAAGGAGAAACUCCAGAUGGAGUUUGAGGAGAUGAAGUACACUGGCGAUGCCAAACUCUCAAGUGGAGAGAGAAUGCUUGAGGAAUUCCAGAGUCAUCUUCAGAAGGAGGAGGACAGAAGAUCUCAUGCUGAGGAUAACCUUAACCGCAACAGUAACAUCAUGGUGUCAGUGAAGGCCGGAGUGGAGCACCUGUCUGACAAACUUCACCACCUCAAAGCUAGUAAAGGACACGUUCCCACAGCACAGAUCGCCCCGACCUCGGACGAGUACGUCCUGGAUCAGCUGUCGACGUGCGAGGAGAAGCUGCUGAAAUUACUGGAGGAACUGGACGGCAAGGAGCUCCAGGAGAUAAUGAAACAGAUGGAGGAGGAAGAGUUCCAUGCUAGUAUAGAGGGAAAGCUUCCACAAUACAACACGCGUAUCAAGCUCCCCACCACACAAAGGGACAUGGUUUAUGAUGAUGACGAGGACAGCGGUGAUGAUGAUACUGACGUACCCAAUCGUAAUGCAAUCAAGAAACAGUCACAAUUUAUCGUGGACUCUAAAACCAAACGACGUACCACCAAGAAAAAGAAGAAGACCAAAUAAAAAGAUGACGGGACUCCAAAACGAGACUUAUUAGAUCGAUCAGUCAGACAUUAUCUCCUCUCCCCAGGUCCGAUGCCCUAAUCCAUCAUCUAUAUACUGACAGUGCUCCAGCGGUGUAAAUAUGUAAUCAGCUUCACUGACAUUUGGAAUCUAUAAACUACCUAAAUUUAAAAUUUGUGUUUUGUUACGAGCUGGGAGAGCUGUUCGACUGCCUGAAAUAUGACUUGAUCAUGAAUUAAAUCCGUGUUAUGAUGUUAAUCCUUUUAUUUCUUUGUUCUGGUUAUUUAUAAAAUUAUGUAUAAUAAAUAUUUAAAUUUAAAAUAA